AUGGUCAGCACAACAUACUACCCAGACGGAAGACGAUAUAGCCGCGCCGACCCGACGUACGUCUACCCGGAUCGCCAGCCACGACACCACUCGCAUUCUUCAGAAGCGCGGACAUCGACCAUGACGGAACGAGAAAACGACGCCGAUACACCGCCCCGCAAGCGCAUUGCCGUCGCUUGUGGCCGUUGUCGGAAGCGCAAGAUUCGCUGCAGCGGAGACACGGGCAACGGACUUCCUUGCCAAAACUGCAAGGCUGCCAGCGCCGAAUCCUGCAUGUUUUUACGAGUCGCCUCUCAAGAAGCUCCCUGGGUCCAAUCCACAGAAGCAUUCCCAUACGACCUCAAAACUGCGAGGACAUAUGCCCACAGCGCCCUCGCCUCCCCCCUGACAACGUCCCCGUCUCACCACUACGCCUCCGAUAUCCACGAUGGCAGCGGCCUGUCCCGCUACCCACCAAACUCGGCCGGCUACUACGGCGGAAAGUACUACAAUUCAGUCGCGACUAUGCCAAGCUGGUCCGCCACCCCGGGCUACUCAGACGAUGGCAGCGGCGCCGUGGACUACGGCCCCGCCGCCGCCGCCGCCGCCGCCGCCACCAUGGGAUACCCGUACCAGUACCACGGUCAAGAUGCGGGUUUAUACUACCGCGUAACUGCCGCUGCAAAGGCUGCGGCCGCGGCCUCCAGCGCGGCGGGCGACUUGUACGUCAACACGGACGCCGCGGCGGGGUACGGCUAUGGCAGCAACGGCGCCGCCGCCGCCGCCGCGGCGUUGGUCCACCGUCCCACGGCGACAGCGGUGCAGACCGAAGGCCAUGCCUUUUCCCUCUCCAAUGUCGCCGCUUCCCUGCCCCACACCAGCGGUCCCGGCGGCGGCGACCGUCUCCUCCCCAACCCGGCCUCGCGUCUGCCAGCAGGCCCUGUCGCCGCCGCCUCGGUCUCGUCGUACGCGGCCUCGACUUCGACAAAGUCCUCGGACAGUCCCACCCCCCAGCCGUCGCCCAGCUCGGAUGUCACGACGAGCUACGCCACUUCGGGCCCCGCGGGCUCGGGAAACUACGAGACCUCGCCCAUAUCGGCGUAUCCUCCCCCGGCACUGACGCUUCCAUCCAUGACACAGCUGCAGCAGCAGCAGCAGCAGCAGCAACGCCUCUCCAACGCCGAGAUGGGAGGCUACCCGCCGUCUACGACUAACGGCGGCGGCGGCGGCAGCGAGUCCAUCUUCGGCGCCUCGGAAGCAAGUCUCCGCUCGCAAGGUUCCCCAUCCGAUUUGAGUUACAAGUAUACCGACGCCUCCUCCGCGCCAUCAUCAUCAGGGGCCUGCGGAGGCCGUCGCGGGAGCGAUGAGACCUCGACCUCGGCCACCACCACCACGGCUACUACGACCGGCUCGCUUUCAAACGGCCAGCAGUAUACCGUCACGACCCCGUCCCCGAGCAUGUACGCCGCGGUUGGUCACCACGGACGGCACCACAUUGGGCAGUACAUGCUCUCCGAGGACGUCGCGGCCGAGCACCACCUCAGCCAUCACCACCUCCACCACCAACACUCAGGUCGCAGGUCUGCGUGUGGCUUGUCCGUCUCCUAG